AUGGCACCUGUAAUUUGCCCUGACGAGCCUCGUCACACGGACGAAUGUUCCAAUACCCUCUCCAAGAACAAGGCACAAUCCAAGCCGCUGGACCAAUUCCACUACUUCCCUCGGCUUCCCCCAGAGCUCCGCAUUAUCAUCUGGGGGAUGGCCUUACGCCCUUGCGGUAUAAGAGGCGUCCAUUAUUUCUCCCUCUUCAACAGCAGCAAAGAGCAUCCGCUCUGGGAUCUAUCCAUCGCCAACCGUUGGCUCAGCAAAUCCGGGAAAGUAUACGGAGAACUUCUCGGUAACCUCCUUAACACCGAGCACAGAAUACCUGCUCCGAGAGUUGUCGCUCACGGCGAUCCGUCUCAGCCUCAGCCUCAGCACUCGUGGUUCAAGGGCAACCCGUCACUCUAUGCAUGGGACGCGGGCCUUUUCAACGCAUGCCGAGAAUCUAGGCGGAUCCUCGCAACCGAGUCGCUAAAGCGGAGUCGUCUGAAUUGGGAUGGGUGGGUCAUUGAAGGUCGCCACGACGAGGGCGGUAAAAUAAUGCCCCUUCGAGGCCACUCUUACCAUGACCUGCAUUGUUUCCAGUUCGACCGCGGGCUUGUCGAGGCGUCCAAAUAUCUUCGUUGGAGUGUCCUCCUUUCCCAGCUACCCUUUAACCACCUGAGCCUCUGUCCAUCUAACAUCGCCUUUGAAUUUGACCCAACCUGGCUCGUUUCUCUCCCUGAUGGCGGUGAUCUGGUCAACUACCUACGCAAUGAACCCAGUCCCCGCGGCCUCGUUGCUCGUCUUCUCGAUGCCUGGCAUCACAACGAGGUCCCUAGCUAUAUCCAAAUAUGGCUUAUUGACCGAAGCAUACGCGUGAGCGAGGAAAUAGAGGCGCGAAUGCGCUACCAUCCCCGGACGGCAUUUUCCGAUUUGCGGGAGACCAUCAUGAGCCAAGACUACAAAGGCUACAAUCGGCUACCAUGGGAUGCACCUGUCCAGCCCUCCGACACCACGCAGCCCGCCGGCCCACCAGAGUCCGAAGGGCGCGAGCGCCCGAAAUGGCAUCAGGAAAUGGCCGCACCUCUGCAGGUAGACUGGGACUCGGAGGAAGAGCAGGAAACAGAAGAAGGAGCGCGGCCGGGCGAAGAGACGGCUGCUGAGCCACCCACUCCCACCGCUGAGCAGCUGAGCCACCGGCCGCCAGCUAACUCCCCGAAAACACUGCGAGUCUACCCCUUCCGGAUGCUACUGGUAACGAGACGGAUCAGAGCCGCUCAGUCUAGCAACAUCGACAAACAGCCGAAACAGCGGCGGCCAAUGGUCAAAUACCAGAACCCGCUGGACCCGCUGCGGAACUCCUUCAGAGGGGGGGCAGACGUCGGAUCCGUUGAUCAAUGGAAAACAAUACUGGGGGCCACACAAUAG